CUAGCUAGAGAGUUGCCACGCCUCCAUGAAUCUCUCCCUUUCAAACUUUUGGCCCGGACGCUGCCACGGCUGCCCGAUUGCCCGCCGCCACCCACACAACUCAAGCGCAAACGCACAGGUAAAAACUCUCCUGCCCUGCCCGCCCGCUCGUUCCCACGAAUCACCGGGUAGAAUUCCUUCUGAGCUCCGAGGAAAGAACAAGCAUUCUUCUCCAGAGCAAACCUUUGGCCACGGCAGCAUCCUGAUGUCCGUCGCGUCCGCUGCCGCCGUCCGGUCCGCGUCCGGCCGCCGCUGCGGCGUCGGCUCUGGCCUCAACGGAGGCAAUAAGUUUCUGAUGAUGCAGAGGAGAGACAUCGUGACCAAGGGGAUCGCGCUCUCCGUCUGCUCCUCGCUCCUCUCUUCCUCCAACGGCGACGCUCAAGCGAGGAAUUCAAUCUUUGCAGGAUUGGAGAGGUUGCCGUUCAAGGCGGACGGGUACAACUUCUGGACAUGGCGGGGCCGCAGGAUCCACUACGUGGAGCAAGGGGAAGGGCAGCCCAUCGUGCUCGUGCACGGCUUCGGCGCGUCCGCGUUCCAUUGGAGGUACAACAUCCCGGAGCUGGCCAAGAAGUACAAGGUGUACGCCGUGGACCUGCUGGGUUUCGGGUGGAGCGAGAAGGCGCUGGUGGAGUACGACGCCACCAUCUGGAUGGAGCAGGUCUCCGACUUCCUCAGGGAGGUCGUCAAAUCGCCCUCCGUCCUCGUCGGCAACAGCUUAGGGGGAUUCACGACGCUGUUCACGGCGACGGAGCUGCCGGAGCUAGUCCGGGGCCUCGUGCUGCUCAACUCCGCCGGGCAGUUCGGGGACCCCAAUGCGCCGCCGCCCAUUGAAGCAGAGGAGGAAGUGGGCGUGUUGAGCAGGCUGCUCGUCAGGCCGAUCAAGGAGGCCUUCCAGCGGGUCGUGCUCGGGUUCCUCUUCUGGCAGGCCAAGCAGCCGGCCAGGGUCGAGAAAGUCUUGAAAAGCGUGUACAAAGACCCCAGCAACGUGGACGACUACCUCAUCAGCUCCAUCACGGCGCCGACGGCGGACCCCAACGCCGGCGAGGUGUACUACAGACUGAUGUCGCGGUUCAUGGCGAACCAGAGCCGGUACACGCUGGACAGGCUGCUGGGGAAGCUGUCGUGCCCGCUGCUGCUGCUGUGGGGGGACCUGGACCCGUGGGUCGGGCCGUCCAAGGCGGCGCGGAUCAAGGAAUUCUACAAAAACUCCACCGUCGUCAACCUGCAGGCGGGCCACUGCCCGCACGACGAGGCGCCGGAGCAGUUCAACGCGGCGCUGCUCCAGUGGCUCGACACGCUGGAGGAGACUGGCACCGGCGGCAAGUCGGCCGAGCCCAGCCUCCAGGCCGUGUGAUUCUUUGCUUGCACCCGAUGACAGAUCCACCAAGUUGUACUGAAUCACAGAAUGGGUAGCUUGCAAAAUUGUACUCCCUCCGUCCCACACACUUAAUAUGGGACGGAGGGAGUAGUACAGUACGGUUUAGCAAUCUGAUGGUGUUGUCUAUUAGUUGAACCUGGGGUUUUGCACGUAGAUAGAGCAAAUAGAGGACUGUGUCUAUUUUCUCCAUUGAAAUAGCGCCCAAUUCUUAUGCGCCGUA